AUGCACAGACGUCGAGCCGUGCUCGCGCUAUUAGCCGCGAGCACCACCAUCACCACCACCACCGCCCUCCCUCAAGACCUCUUCACCCCCCGCGCCUCCAACUCCUCGCCCGAGAACUACACCUGCCCCAAGGACCUCCUCGCCUGCCCCUCCAAGCUGCCGGCACCCUUUUGCUGCCCGGCCGACACCAAAUGCCAGGGCCUCGCCGCCGACACCACCGCACUGUGCUGCCCCUCCGGCAGCGACUGCGACCGCAUCAAGCCCAUCGCCUGCGACGUGCGCAUGCAGGACCCCGCCGAGCACCCGACCGCCGUCAUCUUCACCACCGUCUUCAGCUUCGACCUGCCCGUCUGCGCCAACGGCUGCUGCCCCUUUGGGUACUCCUGCGACAACGGUGAGUGCCUCCGGAGCGCCGACCAGUCCAAGUCGCCCGCCGAGCUCGCCGACGCCUCCAAGAGCGCGACGAGCAGCAGCGCCUCGGCGACUUCGACGGCCCCCAACACCAGCGCGAAGGCGACGACGACGACGACGUCGACAAGCCCGGCUUCUUCUUCUGCCAUGGCGACGGAUGCGCACACUUCCUCCACGCAGGUAGCCCAGUCCGCCACCGCCACCUCCGAAGCAGGGCAAGGGCAAGGGGGCGGGGGCAUGACGUCCAAGACCACGUCCAUCAUUGGCGGCGCCGUGGGCGGCACCGUCGUGCUCGUCGUCGCCGCCGUCAUCGGAAUCCUGUGCGUGCGACGCCGCCGCCGCCGGAAGCAGGGCAUGCGCGACGACGCAUCGUCCUCGUCGCGCGAGAAGUCGGGCACUUCGGCGCCGUCCCACGACGCGGGCAGCGUGCGCGCGCGCGGCUUCCUCAUCUCCGAGCCCAUCAUCGAGCGGGACAACUUCCGCACCGACUUUAUCCUCAAGAGCCCCUCGGCCGCCUCCUCCAUCAGCCAGCGGCCCAUCAACAACCGGUGGGAGGGCGACCGCUCCUCCGGCGGUGGCGGGGGGGGCGCCGCCGCGGUCUCAGCCCCGCGGAACCUCACCCACCCGCCCCGACUGGACCCGCAGCCGGAGGACCAGUACCGGCUGUCCAUCCCGAACCCGUUCGCCUCGCCGGACCCCGGCCGGAACGGACUCACCUCCCCGGGCUCCUGCUACGACUACGACGGCCGCCACUACGAGGAGGAGGAGGAGGGCGAUGAGAGAUAUGCGAAGACGGGCGAGGUCGGCCGCCCGGUGGCGCCGUCGCUGAACAACUUGCGUGACAGUCGGCGGGUCGUCUCGCGCAACGUGGAGCCGCAGGACAUGCACGGCUACGGCUACUAUGACGAGAAGGAGGAGGGGCGCCGGCCGGAUAGUGACGUGUUCUCGGAUGAGUAUGCGGUGGUGGCGCCGCUGCGGGGGCAGCAGCAGCAGCAGCAGCAGAAGCAGCAGCAGAAGCAGGCAGGGGGUCGGGACACGAUGUUCUCGGGCUUGAUGGACGACGCGGGCCUGGGGGCGAUUCAUCGUGGGGAGAAGAAGUACGUGCCCGUGCCGGACAGGACGCCACGUCUGUGA